AUGAGCGGCCCAAAAAUACGAGCUGGUGGCUCCUGCCUCGUCUGUCGUCGAAGAAAAGUUAAAUGCGAUAGAACCAAGCCAGUAUGUCUUGCUUGCAUCAAGUACAAGUCUGACUCAGCGUGUGAUUACGAGACGAAACGAAACGUGAGGUUUUUGCAUAUGGUUUAUUCAGAACCUACGGGCAACAUAGACGGCGAGAACAAAGUAACAAAGCCUCAGUUACAGAAGCCUAAUACUAAUGUGUCCAACGUGGGCGGCUCAAAUUGUAAUAUGACUUUUAAGAAAACCAAAGGGGUUGAAGCUUCAGAGCAGCGGCUGCCAACACAGUUGUUAGCCUUUGGACACAUGAGUUUUUACGAUGGUUAUGAAGCGGUCGAAAUCAAAGCGAGCAGGCUCUUGUUCACCGGUGCGCUCCACUCUAUUGCGGUACUAAGAAGAGACCCUUUUUUAUACGUUUUGGUUGCCAUGAUACGUAAAGACAGAAGCAAGCUUCACGAAAGAAUCUCAAAGGCAGAGCCUUCAUCAAGCCGAAAGUACCCCGUUCCACUUUAUACACAAGAAGAGAUUGCUAGCCAGCUUAUCAUAAACGCCCGCGCCAAUCAUGAGCAUCCGUGUUCCAACUCGGUAGACGAUUGCCGGCGGUACUCCCGUUCCGGCAGAUCGCAGAAUGACUCGAAAAUCUCAGAAAGUCUCAAGCUUGAGCCUCAGAAACCGGGAUUUCCUAGUCAGGGGAAGCUUACAUCUGCUGACAUUAGUACAGAUACAAAGUUCCAACAGAAGCUUAUAGAAAAUGAGGGGUUAGAUGAAGUGAAGUCUGUUGUUGAGGAGGGGAACUUGCCCCGAAAUCCGUUGUCAGUGGUCAACCUUUUGAACGAGGACAGCCAGGCUAAAAGCUCUCUCGCAAAUUCUUCAACCCAAAAUAAUGACAAAAACAAAGACAUUGAAAUAUGGCGGAAGCUGCAGUCAAUGCUGGCUACUUUACAGCAGCGGCAGCAUAGAUUAAUGAGGCAACUUGAACCGUCGCGCAAAAAUGACCUUAAUGCAAUAACUUCAGCCAGUUUCUUGGGGGCUAUGCCAAGCCCUGAGAUGAGCGUUCUUGCUAAGGUUCGAGAAAUCCUUCCGCCUACUAAAAUAAUUUGGCUACAUCUCCGGAACUACUUUCGUUCACCUUUACAUGCGCUUUUCCCUGUAUUGACAGAAGAUUGGUUCUGUGAUACUGUUAAAGAAUUUAUAAAGAACCACAAAGAUGAUAUGAGUAAGCCUGAAGUUGUUGUUACGCAGAGAUGUGACUUUGGGAAAAUCGGCUGCAUGCUUAUUAUAAUGCGCUUGUCAUUCCUUAUGUACGCUGACAAAGCUGAAAAAAACCUUCCAGAAGAACAGCGUGACGUGUACGCUCACUCGAUUGGUCCUGAGUUCAUCAGCACUGCUGAAUUAUGCCUGAGUCUUUUCAGGCUGUUGAGAAAAGCAAUACUUCCUGUGCUACACUGCGCAGUCCUUUUACGUAUUUAUCGCAGAUAUGCGCCCGAUGAGGGCGACAUUGCCGAUAGCGGGGGUUCUGAACCAUUUUCUGGCAUAUUAACAAAAAUGGCUACGUCAAUUGGCCUGCAUGUAGAUGCUGAGUUUUCGGGCCAGUUUGCCUUCUCGAAAAUGUAUUCACAGGCAUGGAGAAAGUGUUGGUAUGUGAUAUAUUUCUUGGAUCUGUAUGAGGGAAUGAAUAGUGGAAAUGCGACCACGAUUAAUGAACACAGCUUCAGCACGAGACUACCGGUUGUUGGAACAAAUGAAGACGGCACGCUCUCAAGUUACAUAACCGUGCCUGAGCUGGAAAUUGCCUCUAUUGAGUGUUUGAGAAAAAAUUACGACUUUUCCAUAGCGUGCCACAAGCUUCUGAACCUGGUUAUGAACAGAAACUUUAAAGUAAGCUGUGAAAAGGUUCAAUCCGCUGCUGGGGAGCUGGAAUUGUUGCUUAAAAAAACAUAUGAAAAAGGCCUAAGAAAAAUCCUUAAGCACCCAGCAAAGACAAUUGACGAAUCUAUUACAAAGUGCAAUGAUUUUAAAGUAUUCAUUGAGACGUACUCGUUUCUCUUCAUGGUUUAUUUUCACCUUUUUCUGCAUGUGGACAAAUUAGUAAUCGGAGACCCCGAUCGAUGCCCUCCAUCUACUUCAUUUCAUUAUCUCCAGAAGCUGCUUGAAAUUUAUGUUGAGCUUGAACCUGCUUUAGUUGUGCUUCGAGCUAGCAAGGACUACCAUGGCAAUGAUAGCGAAUUCUUUGACACGCUCUUUGGAAAUAAUUCAAAGCUCGUUGUUAUUCAAUCAUGUGGAAUGUUUAUUGUGAGAUUCACAACAAUACUCCAGUGUUUAGCUGCUAGACUGUUGCACCUCAAAUAUAAUUUCUUGCUACGGCCAUCUCCUUAUAGGCUAGCGGGGGAAGAACGCGAGGUACCAGGGGUCUCUGAAGCGGCCGACGAAUUAAUUACCUUACUAUUGAAAAAGCUUUCCAUAAUCAACGAAGUCACUCAGUCCUUGAGCGAAACCUAUUUUUACGCGUGGAGAAUUUCUAAAGGCAAUAGUUACAUUUAUGAUCUGCUCAUGGCGGAAGACAGCAUUCUUGAUCAUAAAUCUAAUAUUAGCCGAAGUUACAGAGCUGCUUGCAAGGAUGAGCCCGCAUUCAAUAGCGAGAAACCAAUGCCAUUCGUUAACUUUUACGAUGUGAUUCCUGAGUCCAAUAGUCUGCUCCAUGCCAAAGUUUCCGACUUAAAAAAACUCUUGUUUAUCCUACAGUCGGACGAUGGGAAUUUACUUUCCUCGCUUACCCAUCGAAGUCAUUCCUUUGUGACCGAGAACACACCCCUCUCCGCCUUUCAAAGUCCGCUUUCAAAAUUUGAGGAGCCGGGCCAAAAUGCUUUAUCACUUAUUGGUAUGAGUAGCAUAAAGAAAGCAACUGAUGCUAGUUCGGAUCCUAAUACGUUUACGAGCCUUGCCUCACCGACGUCUUUUCGUGUCGAAGGAACUUCCUCAGGGAGUAACUCUUUGAAUUCACAAAAAAUGGAGAAGUCUAGAAGCUACGUGAACUCUGAAGAUAUUGAUACAUUUUGGUACAAAAUCAAGUUGCGUAAUGCGAACAUGAGCGCAGAAAGGUCAUUUUCGCAGUCUUCGGGCCCUCCUAACAGACCCAAUGCAUCAGACGAGAAAUCCAAAAUAUUUUCAAGCAGUUGGCACAAUAACAAUCAUAACCCACCUUCACCUACAGAAAGGCUUGUGAGGAAUGAAUUACAUGACACUGGGCACUUUAACGAGAUAUUCAACAAUCAGUCAUUAUUGCAAGAGCAUGUCAUGCAACAGUUGCAACAACUAACAGAGGAGCAGCCAAUACCACAGAACCCUUCAAGACAAGGAGAAUAUGUUGAGAGUUUCACGCCCCAUUUGGCUCCAAACCAUCGUGAAGACAAACGAAAUAUUGAAGGAAGCUUUCUGAAUAACAACUCCUUGGAGGCUGGUGAUUUUGAUAUGUUUCUUCCAACUUUUGACGCAUUUAUUGAAGACAUAGACUUUACUUAG